CGCCGUUUUGGCCUCUUUAGCCUCUGUGCCCUGUUGCCCCCUUCUUGACACGCUGUCCUUAUAUUCUGCCUGCCCACCGCCCAACAACCACCAUCACUCUCCUUCACUUCACAAACAUCGCCAAUUUUCUUUGACCCUAAUCUCAGACCAUAUUGUGAUCAUCCUCCACUUUACUCUACCAGCUUAUGCUGCUGCCUAACAUGAAGCCCAAACACUGAGGACACCUGGUCUCUUUGGCCGUCCACAUAAACGACAGUCUUUAUCCGACUCUACACGCUGGCAACUAUUCUCCAUUGGCCUUGCCUGAUCGUCUCACACUACCGCCAAAAUGAGUGCAAUGGAUAACGUCGACCCUUCGAUGUUUGACGUCUCCGGUUACAGCGAGUCUUAUCCCUCGCCUGCUACCACCGCAGAAGACUGCAAGGAGUCAAGUCAACCCCCCUCCGAUCAACCUACCAAAAAGAAGCGGAAGGCGUGGGGUCAGCCAGUGCCUGAAAUCAAACAGAUACUCCCGCCGCGAAAGCGAGCGAAGACGGCAGAGGAAAAGGAACAGAGAAAGAAUGAACGCAUUCUCCGAAAUCGAAGAGCUGCCGACAAGUCUCGGCAACGCCAGAAAGCUGCUGUUGCCGAGCUUGAGGCUAGACAACAUCGCAUCGAGCAAGAGAACGCCAGUCUUCGAGAACUCCUAGCACAUUAUCAGUCCAGGUUCGGCGUCCAGGCAGACUUCCCAACACCGAUGCCAUCUGACUGUGAUUCAUCUGUUUCGAACCACCUGUCCUCGCCUACACCACUCGAUCUGAAAUCCUCCACCCCAGAAACACCAGCAUAUGAGUGUGAAGUGCAGCAACAUCCCACCCUAGUUGAAUCCGACACCCUCACACCAGUUAAACACGAAUCCCCUGUCCUCGCCCCUCAACUCAACAUAAUAAACGCACACGCCGAAGCCGAUCAAUCUGAUUCGAUGGCGACGUACCAAAGCUUCCCAGCUGUCUCCGGUAUGACACAAUAUCCUGCUGUGGUAUUGUGUGACCUGCAGUGUCAACCGGAGACCUGGGCUUUCAAGCUGCCGGCGUUCCCAUGCAGUCAAACCAACAACUUUGGCCUGAGUUACCUCCUUCAAGUCUUCCAGACCUUGACGAUAUUUCAAACCUUCUCAACGACAACGCUCUUGCCAAUCUACAAUCUAUUCCAGAUUUUGGCACAGAAAUUGUCAAUGACCUCGACGGAACAGGAUUUCUCUUCCAUCCUGAACAAUUUCCCACUGAUUCAUUGUUUGAUUUCGAUGCCUUCGACACCGACCAGACCAGCGGUUUUCCGCAUGAAGCUUCUGAGCCGACUACUCGCAUGCAGCCCACACAUGGCGCGCCUAUUACUGGCAGCGACAGACAGGGCUUUGCAGCAAGUGGUUAGCGAAGAUGGUUUCGCCGAAGACCCUGACCGUCGGUGGACAUGGUCGAGUCUGAUGACAAUCAAGUGGACCAUCGUGAGGUUGGAGAAAGAACAUCGCAAGAUACGACGACAGGUCUGGGCGAACGAGAAUGAGAAUGACGGCCUUACAGAAUCGAAGAUUAUGUCUGGCGUUGACUACCGGGCAGUAGCCAGGAAUUCACAAUUAUGGCGAGUGACCGCUAGUCCGGAUUGUACUAUUACUACGAGAAAUGAUGGUUGGGUGCCUACUCAAGAGGUUCAUUAAAUUGGCCCUUUUCUAGAUACAUGAGAAAUCAAAAGCAAAUUUUAAAUACUGUAACGAAAUA